GCACUUAGCCCCUCCCUGUCCAGGACGUGAUUGUCGUUUGUCGUUUACUUAACUUAGUAAAGUUAUUCGUAGUCUGUAGUCUUCGUUGCUUGAUAGUGUCUCAGUAAACACAACAGGAGAAAAUGUCCUUCAUCUUUAAGCUCAUCUCUGGCAGCUUACAAUUCGUGUUUGAUCUGAUCCGGAGGCUCUGUGGCAUAAAAAGAAGACCUGCCAUUACCCUUGAAGACCCUGAUGUGAAGUAUCCAUUACGUCUUGUGGACAAAGAGAUUAUUAGUCAUGACACAAGAAAGUUCCGCUUUGCUUUAAAAUCACCGGAUCAUGUUCUUGGACUUCCUAUUGGACAACACAUUUACCUGUCUGCCAGAAUUGAUGGCAACCUUGUGGUCAGGCCUUACACCCCUGUGUCUAGUGAUGAUGACAAGGGCUUUGUUGAUCUGGUUGUGAAGAUAUACUACAAAAAUGUCCAUCCUAAGUUUCCUGAGGGUGGGAAGAUGUCCCAAUACUUGGAGAGCCUUCGUAUUGGUGACACAAUUGAUUUCAGGGGGCCAAGUGGACUGUUGAUUUACAAAGGCAGAGGAUCAUUUGCAAUCAGGCCUGAUAAGAAAUCAGACCCUGUGAAUAAAACUGCAAAACAUGUUGGCAUGAUCGCUGGAGGAACAGGCAUUACACCUAUGCUCCAGAUAAUCCAAGCAAUCAUGAAAGAUACAAAGGAUGAGACCGUGUGUUACUUACUUUUUGCAAACCAGACAGAAAAAGACAUUCUCCUACGUCCCGAGUUAGAAGAGAUCAUGGCCAAUCACCCGACACGUUUUAAGCUGUGGUUCACUGUUGACAGGGCUCCAGAUGGUUGGGAGUACAGCCAAGGCUUCAUCAAUGAGGACAUGGUGAAGAACCACCUUCCUCCACCCGCAGAUGACACACUCAUCCUCAUGUGCGGACCUCCUCCCAUGAUUCAGUUCGCCUGCAACCCCAGCCUGGACAAGGUGGGCCAUUCCAAUGACAGGCGCUUCACCUUCUAGAAGGACAUCACCUGAAAACAAACAGUUAAAAAGUCAAAAUUAUAACCAUGCUACCACCUGCCAGAUGCAGAUAUAUUCAGCAUGCACGCUAACUGAAAAGGAUCUAUAAUAAUGCCUUUACCUUUCACUUUAUAUCAAAAUGUACCAACUGUUUUCCUGAGAAACCUCUGCAUGCAAGAUGUACCUGCCAAUCAAGUCAUUUGUUGGAAAUCUUAUGUUUUGUGUGUUCUAUGCCUUAAAUGCAAACAAAAAGUGUUGCUUUUAUUUCAGCAAAUGCCAGCUGAUAUUGGAAUGGAGUCAUUUAACACGUCAAGAUUUUUUCACUUGAAUUUUGCUUAAUUUAUGCAUCUUUUAAACCGCAACAGAUAUUGGUGAUGGAUAAUACUUUACAAUAAUCGUGUCCAUGUUACACAUAAUUUUUGCAUUCACAGAAACAAUAAGCUGUUCAUCUAAGUACGUACAAGGUUCAUGUACAUUAGUUGUACGCUAUACAUAUUAAUGUAAUCCUUCUGUAACAUGGAUGCUGAAAUGGGACCUGUUGUUGCUCAGUGUAUACUGUUCAUUUGUCUAGAUCUGCAUUGAUUCUGGUCCAGUACUGCAUAUUAGUUUGUCUCUCUCACCUGAUUCAACGCUGCAUAAGUUGCAUGAACUCAACUGAGUGUGUCAGAUUAGAGAGAAAACAAAAAGUGCAGGACCAGGAUUAAGAAGAACCAGAAAGUUGUCAUUGUUAUAAGUAUCCAAGACAAAAGAAAUUAACCAACAAAUCAAGAGGUAAUCAAGCAAUUUUCAAUCAGUCCAUUAUUAAGUGCCUUUCUGUAAACCUUUUAUGUUGCAUUGUUGAUUUGAUUCAGUUCUAAGUGCAUGAUUCCAUACAGUAAAUGCUGUAUUUAAAAGAGUAAAAACUAAUGGGUUAUGACCUGUUUGCAGC